AUGAUUGGUGGGAUGCAGUCCUACGACCACUACACCAGCUGCACCUACUACAACAACCACAACUGCAGCACCUUCUACGACAGCCACUGCAGCUCCGACUACAACAACUGUAGCUCCAAUGACCACGACAGCUUCAGCACCUACUUCGACAACCACUGCAGCAUCUACUACAACAACUGUUUCUCCUACGACAACCACAAUCGCAGCUCCUACUACAACUUUAGAUACUGCAACCACUACAACAGAUCACCUACUACGACAACUACAACCGAAGCUGCUACGACAACCACAACUUCAGCGCCUACUACGACUACUACAACACCUACUACGACAACUACAACACCUACUACGACAACCACAACACCUACUACGACAACCACAACUGUAGCUCCUACGACAACCACAACUUCAGCUCCAACGACAACAACUGUAGCUCCUACGACAACCACACCUUCAGCUCCAACGACAACAACUGUAGCUCCUACGACCACCACAACUGCAGCACCUACAACAACCACUGCAGCUCCUACGACCACAACUACACCACCUACUUCAACAACCGCUGCAGCAUCUGCUAAAAUAACUACAACUGCCGCUCCUACAACAAAAUCUGUAGCUCCUAUAACCACUACAACUGCAGCACCCACUUCAACAACUACAACUGAAGCUCCUACGACAACCACAACUUCAGCGCCUACUACGACAACUACAACACCUACUACGACAACUACAACACUUACUACGACAACCACAACUGUAGCUUCUACGACAACCACAACUGCUGCUCCAACAACAACAACUGUAGCUCCUACGACCACUACAACUGCAGCACCUACUAUGACAACUACACACAAAUACUACGACAUCCACAACACAUACUACGACAACCACAACUGUAGCUCCUACGACAACCAAAACUGCAGCUCCAACUACAACAACUGUAGCUCCUACGACCACAACUACACCACCUACUUCAACAACCGCUGCACUUCUACAACGACUACUAAAAAUCCUACUACCACUACAACUGCAGGAACUACUACGACAUCCACAACACCUACUACGACAUCCACAACUGCAGCUCCUACGACAACCACAACUGCAGCUCCAACUACAACAACUGUAGCUCCUACGACCACCACAACUGCAGCACCUACAACUACAACUGUUGCUCCUACGACAACAUCUGUAGCUCCUACGACCACUACAACUGCAGCACCUACUUCAACAACCACUGCAGCUCUUACAACCACUACACCAGCAGCACCUACUAUGACAACUACAACUGCAGUUCCUACAACAACAACAACUGAAGCUCCUACGACAACAACCACUGCAGCUCCUACUUCAACAACCAUUGCAGCUCCUACUUCAACAAACACUGCAGCUCCUACUUCAACAACCACUGCAGCUCCUACUUCAACAACCACUGCAGCUCAUACAACCACUACAACAGCAGCACCUACUAAAACAAAUACAAAUGCAGCUCCUAUGACAACCACAACUGCAGCUCCCAUUACAACACCACAUACUACGACAACUACAACUGAAGCUGCUACGACAACCACAACUGCAGCACCUACUACGACAACUACAACACCUACUACGACAACUACAACACCUACUACGACAACCACUACCACAACCACAACUGUAGCUCCUACGACCACUACAACUGCAGCACCUACUUCAACAACCACUGCAGCUCCUACGACAUCCACAACUGUAACUCCUACGACAACCACAGCUGCAGCUCCAACUACAACAACUGUAGCUCCUACGACCACCACAACUGCAGCACCUACAACAACAACUGUAGCUCCUACGACCACAACUACACCACCUACUUCGACAAACGCUGCAGCAUCUGCUAAAAUUACUACAACUGACGCUCCUACAACAUCAUAUGUAGCUCCUAUAACCACUAAAACUGCAGCACCUACUUCAACAACUACAACUGAAGCUCCUACAAUAACCACAACUGCAGCACCUACUACGACAACUACAACCGAAGCUGCUAUGACAACCACAACUUCAGCGCCUACUACAACAACUACAACACCUACUACGACAACUACAACACAUACUACGACAACCACAACACCUACUACGACAACCACAACUAUAGCUCCUACGACAACCACAACUGCUGCUCCAACGACAACAACUGUAGCUCCUACGACAACCACAACUGCUGCUCCAACGACAACAACUGUAGCUCCUACGAUCACUACAACCGCAGCACCUACUUCAACAACCACUGCAGCUCUUACAACUACGACGACAACUCUCUAUCCUACUACCACUACAACUGCAGCAACUACUACGACAUCCACAACACCUACUACGACAUCCACAACUGUAACUCCUACGACAACCACAACUGCUGCUCCAACGACAACAACUGUAGCUCCUACGACAACCACAGCUGCAGCUCCAACUACACCAACUACAUCUGUAGCUCCUACGACCACUACAACUGCAGAACCUACUUCAACAACCACUGCAUCUCCUACUUCAACAACCACUGCAGCUCCUAUAACCACUACAACAGAAGCACCAACUACGACCACUACAAAUGCAGCUCCUACGACAACCACAACUGAUACUCCUACUACAACUUUAGAUACUACGACCACUACAACAGCAGCACCUACAACGACAACUGUAGCUCCUACGACAACCACAACAGCAGCACCUACAAAAACAAUUGUAGCUUCUACGACAACAAAUUUAUCCCCAACCACUACAACGUCAGCAGCUACUGCGAAAAUCACUUCAACUCCUACUACAACAACUGUAGCUCUUACAACCACUACGACUGCAGCACAUACUACAACUACAACUAAAGCUCCUACGAUAACCACAACUGCAGCACCUACUACGACAACUACAACUGUAGCACCUACAACGACAACUGUAGCUCCUACGACCACUACAACUACACCAUCUACUUCGACAAUCGCUGCUAAAGCUGCUAUAAUAACUACAACUGAAGCUCCAACGACAACAUCUGUAGCUCCUAUGACCACUACAACUGCAACACCUACUUCAACAACCACUGCGGCACCUGUUACGACAAUUACAACCGAAGCUCCUACAACAACCACAACUGCAGCACCAACUACAACUGCAGCACCUACUACGGCAACCGCAGGAUGCCAACCACAGGGACGAUCCGGAGCGGACCGGUUGCCUUCGCUGAGGCGCAGAAACCUGACGAACCGGCUGAGGAGUAAGAGCCUGAUGAGCCGGCUGAGACCUCCCUGGUUGCCUCGGCUGAGGCACGGAACCUGUUCAUCCAGCAUAGGCAUGGGAGCCUACAAACCGUCUGAGGCAUCCCAGGUAGCUCCGCUCCGCUCCAACACCCAGACCCGACGUCACCCCCAACACAAACACUAA